GAUUAGGUAUUGCUUCAUUAAGCGCAAGAUUCCCAGGCUUAGGAUGAGGUCUGCCCGUGUGACUAGGGCGAAGAGCUCAUCAACUCCUGAAGCUGCAGUGUUUGGGGUACUUGGUGACCUUAGCCUUAGACCUCCCCUGCUAGUUACCUGUGAGGGGACCCCAUAAUACAGCACUCAAGACCCCGGUGGGAUCCCCAGCCUUUGGGAACUGAGGUAGCUACAGCCCCAGCGACCUGUUACUGGUCAUUUAAGCUGUCAGGACCUUCACAAGGGGGUCCACAGAACUCACGUAGGAGCCACUAUGAGAUCAGAACCCGCCAAUGCAACAGGAAACACCACACUGGGGGGCACCUCUGUUCUUCAGAGUACCUCAGCCCCAUCUUCUGAGACCUGCCAAGUAUCCUACGAGGAGAGCAGAGUGGUCCUGGUGGUGGUGUACAGUGCAGUGUGCAUACUGGGCCUACCGGCCAACUGCCUAACGGCCUGGCUGACACUGCUGCAAGUCCUGAAGAGAAACGUGCUAGCCAUCUACCUGUUCUGUCUGUCCCUCUGUGAGCUGCUCUACAUCUGCACGAUGCCGCUGUGGAUCAUCUACAUCCAGAAUCAGCACAAAUGGAACCUGGGUCUGCAGGCCUGCAAGGCCACUGCUUACAUCUUCUUCUGCAACAUCUACAUCAGCAUCCUCUUGCUCUGCUGCAUUUCCUGCGACCGCUACGUGGCCGUGGUCUAUGCACUGGAGAGCAGAGGCCACCGCCACCAGAAGACUGCCAUGGCCAUUUCUGCAUUUGUGAUUAUUCUUGUCGGACUCGUUAACUAUCCCGUGUUUGACAUGAAAGUGGAGAAGACCUUCUGUUUUGAGCCCCUGAGAAUGAACAGCAGGAUAGCCGGCUACCACUACCUGCGUUUCACCUUUGGCUUCGCUGUCCCUCUUGGCAUCUUGGCAUUCACCAAUCACCAAAUCUUCAGGAGCAUCAGGCUCAGUGACAGUUUGAGUGCUGCGCAGAAGAAUAAGGUGAAGCGCUCCGCCAUCGCUGUUGUCACCAUCUUCCUGGUCUGCUUUGCUCCCUACCACGUGGUGCUCCUCGUCAAAGCUGUCAGCUUUUCCUUCUACCAGGGAGACAGGGAUGCCGUGUGUGCCUUUGAAAACAGACUGUACACAGCCUCUAUGGUGUUUCUGUGCCUGUCUACAGUCAACAGUGUGGCUGACCCCAUCAUCUAUGUGCUAGUAACAGACCAUUCUCGGCAAGAAGUGUCCAGAAUCCACAAGGGGUGGAAAAAGUGGUCCACAAAAACAUAUGUUACAUGCUCAAAGGACUCUGAGGAGACUUACUCGCCCACAGCGCUUGCAAACACAUACACCUUCCCCAAUCCUGCACACCUUCCAGAAUCACAGCCAGCAGAGCUAGGUUUACUGUGCUCGCCAGAGAGACUACCUGAGGAACUCUGCUGAGCCCAUUCUUCUUCUAAGGGGAGGAUGCUAAACCUCAAAACCAGUCACAUAGACCUGGUCCUUUGAGUCAUCGUCUGGGGUGUCCACAGCACUGUAGAUGGCUUUGUGGAACACAGGCUGCUGGUCUUUCCUUCCUAAGGCCACCAACUCUGAAAGUGUCUGUCCCUUAGAUGUCGAGGACCUUCAGGCUCUCCUCUAUGGGAAGUGGCGCUUGCUAAGGGCACCAGUCAUAUCCCUAGGCUUCCAGGAACUCAGGGAGCGCGUGGCUGGCAGGAGAGCUAGCUCUUUACCAGCAGUGUGCUCUGCAGGCCUCCCAGCAAGCACUGUCAGCAGUGCACUUGCAGAGCAAGGCUUUCCUGCAUGGUCCAGUGGCUAACACAGUUCAUCAUGGGCUUUCCACAGAGGUGGAAAUGAACUGCAUUCAGAGUUACCACCAGGGUGCCAGAGUCACAGGGGAUAGGAGUCCAACCCUGAGGGCUUCCAUUGGGGGCUGCUUCUGAGUAGACAUAAUUGUCUUCUAGGGGAGCCAUGGAGCGUGGUGGGCUUUUGCUCCAGCUCCUAGUAGUGCCACAUAUCUUCCCCACGGAACCUCUCAACCAUUUACACUAGGAAGUGCUCGUGGACACCCCAGGAAUAGGUUGGUAUAGCUGCCCCCAGAUAAUAUCUGGAUAUCUGGCAUCUGGCUUGUCUUUCUUGGCCUAGCAACUUCUGGCCUUGACAUGACAGACGAGGUAGGCUGGAGGUCCUGAAAGGGCAAGUCAAGAGCAAGCCCCACUCUGCCCCAUUUUCUCCAAUGUUGACUCUGAGUCAAAACAUGGCUCUGCUCCAAGAGCCUUGCCUUGCUGAGUCAUUCCCGCGCGACCUCACUGGGUCACUCACUGUUGGGACUGACACUGCCCUCCACCUCACCCCACCCCAGAGACUCCAGAUAGACUCGGAGUGCGAGGGAGGGCCAAGGCCUGAGCUUGGUGGGCCUCAGAGCUGAUCCUUCUGAAGCACGCGUGUCCUGGACGCUGCACAGAGACUGUGACCUUAGAGGUGAACUGCCAUUCUUCCUAGUAAGAAGUACUGAGAAUAAGAACCACAAGCACAGAACAUGAUCCUCACUUCCUUUCCUUACUGCUGCAUGUUUUUUGUUGUUUUUUUGAGAUAAGGUUUCUUGCACUGUAAUAACCGGCAUGGGUAACCCCAUUCUCGAAGAACCAAAAAGAGACUGCUGCAAAAGCAUGAGGUUAAUUUAUUAAUUGAAGCUGGUAUACCAGGGUCAUCUCUGUAAUGGUGACCAG